UAUAUAGCCAGCAGGUCAUCUUUUCAUGAGCUGAUUUGUUAAAAAUUUCUCAAAUAAAGCUACAUUUGUUGGAGGAUCUUUCGACUAAAAUAAUAUAAAGGAUGUCAAACUUGGGACAAUUUGACUCCGACUUUUACCAAUCUAAUUAUAACAUUGAUAAUCAGGAGCAGAGUUAUAAUGAUUCUAAUGCCUAUGGAAAUCUUUAUGGAUCUAGAAAACAACAGGCCAGUGAGCGGCCUCAGCCUGCCUUCGUCCCACCAGAGAUGCUCGUGUCAUCAAGUUAUGCGGGACAAUUCUUUCAGCCAGCAUCCAACCAGGAUUAUUAUUCACCAUCUUCUUACGUUGACAGUUUUGAUGAAGAGCCUCCUUUACUAGAAGAUAAGUUAAGGCAGUGCUAUUAAUGUGUGUACAGCUCAAAGAACAAUAGCAAUAAUCAGCUCUUAAUGUGCGCUGUCAGCCUGCCGCACACAGUGUUCUAUGUGAUUAUUCCACAUAUAAACAAGAGUCUGCCAGACCAACACACUUAAGCCUUUGGGAGUUUGUCUCCUGUAUGUGUGGGGACGAUUGGAAGUAGAUACGAGCUAUUGCUGUGCUAGUCUUGCAGUUUUUAAAUGUUUCUUCACUGUUUCUUGAAUGCGGACUCCCUGACCAUAUCUAGACAACAGUGAAGACAUAUUUUGGCAGAGUGAUUAUAUCAGAGUAACCACCAGCAUAUCUUACUAUUUUCUGCUAUGUUUGCCUGGGAGCAAAGGGGGUAGUUUCUCAAUAUUCUUUUUUUGUUGUCAUGGAGAAAAGACAGGUUUUUUUCCCUUCCUGGCUCAUGUGAGCCCGCACAUCUCAGCUAGAUACGACUAAGUGGGAAGGAAUAUGAUUCCAGUAAAUAGCACUCUUGGUGGCAAGGAAACCUGGGGACCCUUGCAGUUAAAGGUGGCCUCCAAAGAUUUCAGGCAUCUUCCAUCCAUUGAUUUUUUUUUUUUAAUCCAGCCAAUUUAUAUCUGCCGCUUUUGUUCUUAAGGAAUGUCAACAUGAUGCUAGAAAACUAAAGUUCAAGGAGAUUUAAAUUUGGAAGCCAAGGAGAAAUAUUCACAGGCUAACUGCUCUAACUCUUUUGUAUGUAGUCCAGUGAAAAGGGAUAGGUUAAAAUUCCCAAUAUUUUACAUCAAAAGAUCAUUGUUUGCUUCUUAUGAACACAGACAGCCACCUGAUAUUAAAACAUUCUUCUCUCUUUGCCUUCAAAAUUAAUAAAAGAGGAAAGAUUUAAACCAUUCAGAAAAGCACAGAGAUUUAUAUAAUCGAUUUGUUGGCUCUUUAGAAGCCAGUUAAGUUUUUGGAUCAAUUACGCUUAACCAAUUCAUUCUAAUUUGCCUCUGCAUCGGAUAUCUAACACCUGAAAAGUAUAAGCUAUUCGCAUCAAGAAUUUUCCUUGACUCCACCAACAUCUCUACGUAAAAAAAACCUAUCAAUUGACUAAUUAUAAAAGUAAUCUAUAUUCAAAAUAGAAAUUUGGAAAAUAUAGAAACAUAUGAAUAAAGAUAUUAAAAAAUCACCAAAUAUUUUGUCUCUGAGACAUGACUAUCAUUAAUAAUUUGAUGUAAUUUCUUCCAUCCUUUAUUCUGUUUUUCUG